ACUUGCAUUUUGGCAUAUUUGGCAAUACUCAGAACAGAAUAUGCAAAAAGAAAAAAAAUAUAAGGGAUCGUAUCGUAAAAAGGAGUGAAGAUUAUUGAAAAUUUUGAUGCAGUUUUCAAAUAUUCAAAUUUAGUUGCAGUUGGGUAUGAUACUGAAUAUAUUUAUUAUAGUUAAUUGGUGAUUAUUAUUUAUAGUUAUUCAGCACCUUAUUGCCGAAGUGAAAGUAGGUAACUUACUAUGGCUGACAAAGAACAAGUUAUCCAAGCUCUUAGAGCAACUCUGAUAUCAGUUAAGGGGGCAUUGACAAUAAAACAAUGCAACAGAGACUAUCGAGAGCUGCAGGGAGAAUGGAUCCCAUUUAAGAAGCUUGGUUAUUCAUCACUAGAUAAACUAUUUCUUGAUGUCCCUGGUUUUAAAGUGACUCAGGCUAACGGCGAAUGGUAUGUUGAUGCCAUAGCUAGUCAAGAAACGCAACAUAUAGCCGCUAUGGUCUCACGUCAAAAGUCGAGCAAAAGAGCUCCAAAAUUAAGCUAUCCAAAUCGAUUUCCCAAAAAACAAGGAUCAUGGCGAAAACCUUCGUCUGGAUAUGCAUCUAAUUACAAUAGCCAAUACUCCAAUCAAUAUUAUAGAGCUAAAGGCAGCACUCCAUUUAAUAAUAACACUCAACAUUACAAGACGAAUAAAUACAAUUCGAGUAAAUCGAACGAAACGAAAUUAACGGCGAAUGUAAAACAAACAACGAAGACAGUAAAUGACCAUGUAGAUAAAAUACUGAAAAGUUCCAAUUCAUCACAAAGUUUGAGAGAAUCCAACAACACACAUAAUGAAGAGUUGAAACAACAAGUGCAACGAUCAAACAAUGAUAUGGAUGUUAAAGUAUCCACCAAAGUAUCAGCAUCUCAAAGACUUUCAAAUCUAAGAGACCGGCUUAAUACAGUGGAUCUUAUACCAUUGCAGUUGCCUGCUGCUAAUAAUGAAUGUUUGGAAAGCAGUGGUCCUGUUACAAAUGUUGUGCCAGCUCAUAACUUAGAACCACCUCCUGAUUCUACAUCAUCUGUUGAAAAAUUAGCUUGGACUUGUAAAAAACUUGGACUUCCAGAACCUGUGUAUAAAGUGCAUGAGUUUAAGCCGAAACGGGGCCCUUCGAGCUUCGACUGCACCGUGAAAGUCGGAGGAUCAUAUAGUGUUUCCUCAUAUCCUGACUCGUCACCAUCCGAAGAUUUAGCUAAAGAAGUCGGGGCAGUGAAGUUGCUUUCGGCUAUAGAAAGUUCUGAAGCUGGUGGAAAGCCGACUUCCUCAAGUAGCAAUGCUAUUAUAAAUCUAACAGAGUUAGUGUCAGAACAUGAAGCAGGGUUGUGGGCGUUCACAGUCCCACAUCUGUACAGAGAAAAAUAUCAAGAAAACCUACCAAGCAACUGGCAAGAAUUAGUUGAAAAUUGCCCUAAAAUAAUAAAGGACCGACUUUUUAAUGGACAACUAGUGUUACUUCCUAAUAAAGAGGAGAUGCCAAUACCGCCAUUAGAAACAACUAUUUAUGAUGAUUCCAUGGAUAGCGACCUACCACCGUUGCAGUUUCCCGACGAUGAUUUUUGGAACGUAUUUGUGACUGUCGCAAACUCAACACUUGAAAUUUGGCUUCGCAUAAUUGGAUCACAGUACAGCGAUACUUUCGAAAAUUUAUUGCUCGAAAUGGCGAAAUAUUAUGAACAUGCAGGAUCACCCGUUGUCAAGUCCAUGCUAAUUAAAAAUGCCUGGUAUGCUGUUAAUUUAGACGACGGCGGCUGGCAACGUGCCAAAAUUUUAGAAAUUGAAGAAGACUCGGCGACAGUGUUUCUAGGUGAUCAUGGAGACGACGAUGUCGUGUAUAUUAACAAAAUCAAAAUAUUAGAACCACAGUUUAGAAAACUUCCAGCACAGGCUAUCCUGUGUCGUUUGGAAGGCGCGGAAGAACUGGCAGCGAGUACACUGGGUGCCGAGCUGGUGCGACGGCGACUGCCCGGCGAGGUGCUGGUGGCGGCGCCCGGCCCGCGACACGACCCCACCGACCCUUCCGUCGCCGUCGUACUCUUCGACACUUCCACGCAACGCGAUCUCAACCUCAACAAGGAGAUAAUACAUGAUUUCUGCAUCGCCGGAGCUUUCACGAUUACACAGAAACCGUGCGAGGUGGAGGUGGGCUGCGUGACGGAGGAGGGCCGCGUGUGGGUGUCGCGCGCGGGCGGCGCCGGGCUGGUGCAGGCGGCGCUGGCGCUGCUGACGGCCGGGCCCUACCGCCGCCCGCUGCCCGCCGCGCCGCAGGCGCCCGCGCCCAACGCCACCACGCUCUACAUCGUGCGCACGCUCGCCGGCGACUGGGUUCGCUGUACUAUUAUAAGUGGACUGGACGGUGAAGGAACAGUGAGAACGCAGCUCGUAGACAGCGGCUUAAUUUUAAGAGCGCCUUUAUCGUCUCUAGUACCAUUACAGUCGUUUUCUCCAGCCCUAAACGCUUUUCCACCUCAGGCGGUGUCGGUGCGGCUGGGCCCGGCGGAGCGCGCGGCGGGCGGCAUGGUGCCGCGCCUGCGCGAGCUGCUGCUGGGCGCGCGCGUGCUGUGCCGCGCGCUGCCGGCCGCGGGGGGCGCGGCCGCAGGGGGCGCGCCCGUCGCCCCUCAUGUCGAGCUGUUCGUACGCACAGGCCCGCAGAACAUCCUGGCUUCCGUCAAUAACGCAAUCCUCAUGGAAUACGAUUAUCUGCAACAUGGUAAAUUAAAAGAAAACGAAAAUAAUACGACAAACCACGUGGAGGCACUACAUAAAAAGAAGGAACGCAUUUUCCGGAGUUUGUCAACGGCCGGUGAAGAACGUACUUCGUCUGGCUCCGUCCUACCUCCGCCGCCGCUGCCAGCGCCUGGCAAGUGCUUCGACGUGUAUAUUGCGAUGGCUGCUAAUCCCUGGAACUUUGUUGUGCAACCAAAUAGUACUAGACACACUUUGCAAACGAUGAUGUCAACUUUGCAAACAGAAUGCCCAAAAUUGACUGAACUAGAUGCUCCUGUAAAUCCAGUUAGUGGAGAACUGUAUACAGUAUAUUACGACAAAGAUGCAUCAUGGUACAGGGUGACAAUCGCUGGGACAGUUUCAUCAGAAAUGGUCUCUGUUUAUUUUUGUGACUACGGAGAUUUAGCUUUAUUUGCCACCAAAGCAUUGCGGCCUGUGCCACCCGGCGCCCCACUAGCGCGGUCGUUACCACCGCAAGCUAUAAAAGCCCGACUAUAUGAUGUAUGGCCAUUGCAUCAAGACUGGACUGUAGAAGACUGUAUAAGAUUCCAGGAAUUGUGUGUAGAGCAACAGUUUGUAGGUAUUUGUAAAGAUGUUGGUAAGGACCCGUUAAAUCCAAAUGAACCCUUAUUGACACUUGAUCUUAUCGACACCUCUACUGAUGAAGACAUUUAUAUAAAUAAACAAUUAGUUACUGAAGGCAGAGCGCGAUUAGCUUCUACUUCCUAAUUUAAGCUAUUUAUGACAAAAUGUUAAGUUUUUUAAAAUACAAGGUGUAACAGACUACUCUUUAAUAUUAUUCACUGCAUUUUUUUAUUGUGAGAGAGGUUAACAGACUGAGUUACGAAAGUAAAAAAUGCAAUUAUUUUAGUGCUCCACAUGUGCACACCUUAGUGUUUAUUUUUGUACAUUUUAUGUAUGACGUAAUUGAAUAUACAUUGUAUGAUAAAAAUGACUGUUAAAUUUUGGUCUAAUUAAGAAACAAUAAGAUGUCCAUGCUUUACUAUCAUUAAAUCGUAUCGUGUCAAUGACCAUAAAUGGUAUUUUUAGUGACAUACAAACAUACUUCUUAUUGUGUAUUGUUCUGUAAGACUAAAACUUUUAUUAUUCACCUUUACGACUUCAAGGUACAAUAGAUUUACCUACUUCAUAAACAAUCAAAUAAUAAUUAUUUGAUAAUUAUUAUUGUAUUAAACAUACUGUUGGUCAGUUUCACAAACUGCAUAGCUACUCACUACCAACAUUAAUAACUUUAUACAUGAAAUAAAAUUUGUAUGAUAUUAUAAGGUACUAGUAACAUAUUCCAGGAACUAGCAGGGAUUGUGAGACUGGUCAUGUUUGGUUUGGUUUCUAAAAUUCUGUCUCAUAUUUUAUACAUUUUUCUUUGUUUCACACUAUCAUAUGUUAAUUUUAUUUUAGAACUUAAUCUAUCCUCGUUCCAUUAAGCACUAUUUUUCAAGCAUCUCAGUAAAGUUCCUAAUUUUUGUUUUGAGAAUGUCUAAUAUAUUUACUGUUGUAUAAAUAUAGAGUGACAUUAUACGCUUAAUAUAUAAAUUGUUAUAAUAAGUAUUCGCUAGAUUGGCUAAAUAGUGAUUAAUAUUGAUGUGGAUUGUGGAUGUUCACUAUGUCAUUAAUUUUCACUCUUGUUUAUAGAGUUCCUAUUCAUACUAAUCACUAGCGCUGUUUAGAGAUAAUUAAUGGUUAAAUAGUCUCAGAAUAUUAAGACUAGUGUUCUUAAGGCUUUAACCCUUUAACCGCCGCAGUUGUAUAUAAGCAACUAUAAAAUAUUAAGUUGCUUAUAUACAACUGCGGCGGUUAAAGGGUUAACAAGCAUGACUAUAUAGAUUGAAAGUUGGUCGUAAUCAAUUUCAUCGAAUAAUUUUUAAACUUAUAUCAUAAACGUGAUUGGUUGUGGAUUUAGACUAUACCUGAGAAACAUACCAUCAAACAUAACAAUAUGCUACUCGGAUAUUAUUCCGUAAAAAGAAAAAAAAUAUUGUAAACAACGAAAUUACCAUUGUCAACCAUUAUUAUUAUACCAUACAAAAGUAUUCAGCCCAUAAGGCUAGGUACUCUGGCUAGGGUUUUCUCAUGUGUUGGAGUAUUAAAUGAUUGUUGUAUGAAAUUAAAAAAACUACAGUUGAAUAAAAAUUAAGAAUAUUUUGUUAUACCUUGAAAUGUUAUAUGAUUCAUUAUGUAGUGUUUUUGUUAGAAAGAGUGGGAUGGCGAUUCUAUUCGUAGACAACAUGUUUUAAUUAGAAAAUGUAAAAAUACUCCUUAAAAAGACACCAGUUAUCCUUUAACUACAAUUAUUAUAGUAUUGUAUGCAGACAAAAGUAAGCUUAUAUACUUCUAUGAUUCCACAAUCUAAAAUUAGCAUUCAGUUAUUUUUAUAGGUGUAAGUUUCAACAGCAGAUUUUAUUCAAUAAUAGGUAGUUAUUGCAUGUUUCGUGAAAAUCCUCUAUGUGAUAUCUAUAGGUAUUAUUUAAUCAGUGAAGUAGAUUUAAAUAAUAAUAUUCUGUCAAAAGAUUAUGUCAACAUGGUUAUUCAAUUUGUAUCUCUGUGAAGUAGUAUUUAAUUAAUGUAACUGUUUUUAAAAUAAUACCAUCAGUAAACUAUUAAUAAUGGAGUAGGUACAUAUCUGUAAUUCUGUACUCAAGUAUAUCAGAUUUUAGCUUAACAUUACUACCUUAAACCGAUAUGCAAAUAAAUAUUUAAUCUCAA